UUAAAAAAAAUAUAAAAAAAAAGUUUAGCAGAAGGACUGGAUUUGCCAGGUAGUGACUUAGAUGUAAUGUAUGUCGCUAAUGAAGUACAUGGAGAUAUAGAGAAUGUACGGAAUAUCAAACUCAAAGAACAAAGUACUAUACUGGUUAUGGAGACAUCAAUUGAGCAUCCCGGAUUUACUAGACUCAGAUUCAUUGCAAUAGGGGAAACAGAAAUUGUAUUUGUUACAAAUACUGGAAAAGACUUAUAUUUUUCGGUCAACGUUUUUUUGGAUACAGUGAAGUCAAUACUUGGGAAUUUCAAUCUUUCUCAACAUGGCCCUUGUCUAUCAGAUCCAAAUCAAACUUUUGAUUUAGCAUUCUGCUUACGAAGUAAAUAUAUACCCAACAAUGUAAUUCCAUGGGCAAUGCGUCACCGAAAGCAAUGGCCCCCUAAUUUCGUAAUUGACAAGAUUAAAAAUAGCGGAUGUUUGUUAGUACCCAUAGGACCUAAGAUCGGGUCAGGCUGUAAUUUAUUAUGGCGAAUAUCUUUCUCUGUUGCAGAAAAACUACUUGUUCAUUCGUUUAACUUCACUCAACUCUUAUGUUAUGGUCUUCUCAAAUUAACAUUAAAGCGUAUCGUUAACACGAAUGAAAAUGUCAAAGAUUUAUUGUGUUCUUACUUUUUGAAGACGGCUUUAUUCUGGGUCUCAGAGGAGGUCAAUUUAGAAAUGUUUCAAUUACCCAAAUUAUAUAUUUGUUUUUCUCUCUGCCUUGAUAAAUUAUUGUUAUGGGUAAACAGCUGUUAUUGUCCGAAUUUCUUUAUACCUGAACACAACAUGUUCCUUGGAAAGAUCGAUCAGAGUAAUAAUAAAAUACUGCUCAGUGUAAUAAAAAGUAUUAAAUAUGGUGGAAUUGGUGGGUUGAUGACAAAUUUAGUUUCGGCUGACAAUGGAAAUCAUCGUUUAUUAAGAAUAAAGGAUGAAACUUCGUUCAUCAUGUUAGACUUUUUAUUUUACAGGAUUUGUGGAUCGUAUAUGGCGCCAAUAUAUUCACGUUUUUAUGAAGUAUUGGCGUUUAUUGAAUCUUUACUAAUGUAUGAACAAUCUGCAUGUAUUAUUGGGGUGUGUAAUCAUUAUAAGGCUAGAAUCAAUCAAUUUGCAGCACAAAUACGACCACUACCAACCACAGUAAAUAAAGAGUACUACAUGCACAAACGUUAUCAUAGACAUUUACAAGACGGUACAAUGACAGAUGCCGUGUCAGGUUGGUUGUUAUACGCGUCAUAUUAUUAUGUGACAGGUCAGCACAAAGUUACACUUGAACUAACAGACUAUAUUCUAUCACGAUGUACACCGGAUAUGAUUCCUAUAGGCUGUAACGAAUAUGACGAAUGUGAUGCAUAUUACUACAGAAAAAAUGUUCAUUCCACAUUGACAUUAAUUGAAAGGAUGAAAAUGGCAGCUGAAGAAAGUGUUUGUUACAUGCAACACUCAUCAUUAAUACCAGGAGAACUACAACUGGAGGUUCAAGAUAGGGAUAUUGAUAUACCGGUCAUUGUAAUGUCUCACAGUCUUAGAUUCCUAUGCUAUCAUCAUUUUGGUGAUAGGUCAAAUAAAAAACAAGCAUUACGCGAUUUACAUUUAACAUUAGAAGAUCAACAUAAUAUUCUACCAGGUAAAUUAUCAGAAUCAUUUACAAUACUUGGUGUAUGUUAUGAGAUAUCUGGUGAUAGAGACAAAGCCUUUCAGUUGUAUGAUAAAGCUCUGCAAUGCGUUGUUUGUGUAUGUGUCACAGCGGAAAAAAGGAAAUCAAAACUUUUGGAGAUUUGA